AUGAAAAUGACUGUUUUACACAAAGAUAUAGAUUUUUUAAAAAAAGAUGAACUAAACAUAAAUUUAAAAAGUUUAGAUAAAAAAGAAAGAUAUAAGAUAUGGAAAAGAAUACCUAAAUGCGAACUACACUGCCAUUUAGAUUUAUGUUUUUCUUUAGAAUUUUUUUUGAGGUGCGUUCGUAAAUAUAAUUUGCAACCAGAUUUAACAGAUGACGAAGUUGUUGAAUAUUAUUUAUUUAAAGAGAGGGGAAAAUCACUAAGUGAAUUUAUUGAAAGGUCAAGGAGAGUUACUGAUAUUUUUAUAAAUUAUGAUGUCAUAAAAGAAAUAGCUAAAGAAGCUGUAUUUAAUAAAUAUAAAGAAGGUGUAAUUUUAAUUGAAUUUCGUUAUUCUCCUUCAUAUAUUGCAUAUAAACAUAGUUUAUGUAUUGACUUAAUUCAUAAAUCAAUAGUUGAGGGUAUAACUGAAGCAGUGGAAGAAUUAAAUCAUAAGAUUCAUGUUGGUUUGAUAUGUAUUGGGGAAACAGGAAUUUCAGAAGAAAGUUUAAGAAAGGCUGCUGACUUUUGCAUAAAAAAUAAAAAAGAUUUUAUUGGAUUUGAUCAUGCAGGACAUGAACGUGAUUUAAAACCUUAUAAAGAAAUUUACGAUAAUGUAAGAGAAAAUGGUAUAUCCUUAACUAUUCAUGCAGGAGAAGAUAUAACUUUACCUAAUUUAAAUACAAUUUAUUCAGCAAUUGAAGUAUUAAAAGCAAAAAGAUUAGGACAUGGAAUAAGAGUUAUUGAAUCAGAAGAUUUAGUGAAUUUAGUAAAAGAAAAUGAUAUCUUAUUAGAAGUUUGCCCGAUAUCUAACUUAUUAUUAAAUAAUGUUAAGUCAAUGGACACACAUCCCAUAAGAAGAUUAUAUGAAGCUGGAGUAAAAGUUUCAGUAAAUUCUGAUGACCCUGGGAUGUUUCUAACAGAACUCGUUGAUGAAUACGAGGAGCUAUACAUAAACUUAAAUUUUAAUUUAGAAGAUUUUAUGAAAAUGAACUUAUGGGCAUUGGAAAAAUCUUUUAUCAAAUCAGAGAUAAAAGACAAAUUGAAGAAGUUGUAUUUUUUCUAA